UGCUCAGAAGCAGUCGUGCUGCUAGCGCUCCUAGCGGGAAUUUGCGGAAAUCGCGGAGUUUACUGAUAAGUUUAGCUGCGAAAAAGUUUGCCGGAAGCAUUUAAAACACUCAAAAUAAGUUAGUUCACUCGAAAAAGUCGAACUUGUUUAGUUCAUCUGAUAACUAAAUAGAUCCGAUUUUUCGUGAAGUGAUUUUUCCCAGUUCGUCGAUUUCCCGAUUACAGGAAAAUUAUUGCCAGAAAAUAAGUUUCUCCUCGCGCGGUUUCAUAUCAUGAAAAUCUGAAAACCCUACUGAUGUAAAGAUAGAUUUUGAUAACACUAUCACAAGCUUUCAUUGUUUUUGUCAACUAAUUACUGUGAAUUGUUUGAAGAGGCUAUGAUAGGUAUUGAUAACAUUAUCACUAGCCAUUAUAUCAUUUCUCCUAACUGAAAAAACCCUCAAAUAUCGAUAAUCAUACAAUAUUUAAAAUGUGCAUUGAGUGAUAGAUUUUUCUCGGUUGAAAAUUGAUGAUUUCUAACGAUGUAAUCGAUCCUUAAGUGCAAGAUUUUCUAUUGUGCUAACUGAAAGAGUGGAUGUUUCAAAUAUUGUGCCUGUUUACUUUGUUAUCUUGAGUUGUUUUUGAUUAUUGAAUUGUAAUUUACUUGAACGGAAAGACAACGGAUUUAAUCACAUACCAGGAUUGGAGGAUUUUGAGCUUUGUUCCAAUGCAUCACAACCUGAGUCAUGAUUGAACCUGUGAGCCACAUCCUAAAUGGUGUCACCAAAGUCAUUCAAUGACUGAUCACAACUAAAAACAAAAUGGCUGACGAAGCAGGGAGCUCGGAUUCAUCGCGCUCCAACAGCCGACGCCAUCUAUGGGUACGCGCCUUACAUAAGAUCAACAUAGCCAGAGAACAGAGCAGCCUGGUGGGAGCGGUCACCCAUCCACCUCUGGCCGCCACCGCGUCUGCACCCCCCGUCACCACCACGCACCACCUAACCUACCCGACGCUCACCGUCACCAGUCACCAGGACAAGUUUAUACCAUCAAACCACACGUCUCCAACAAGUGAUACAACAGCCAAAGAUGGGACGGUGUGUGGUAACACUGCAGACACGUGUAGCUUGGAAGGGGACUCUCCUGGAGAUCUGGAUGAUUUCGAUAUUGAUUUUGGAGCCAUGGACGAUUUCUUCAAGAAAGGUCUACUCUACAAGGGCAUCUACUGGCCCACUCUCACUAACAGCUUCAAGGAAGAGCAUCUGGAACUAUCCUAUCAGCGAUAUUCUCACAGACAGAGGCAGAAGUCGCUCAUCAUUGUCAAUCUCGUUGAUAUUGCUCUCAAAUUCGCUUUCAUAGUGAUCUGGUUGCGCGACCAAUCAGAAAACCCGGUUGAGAGCAGUGUGGUUGCUUGGACUGGCUGUGCCCUGGCUGCUAAUUUGGCUGUCAUCAUUCUGGGCUGGUGGAGGCGAUUUGCUAACAACUACCUCCAUUGGGCUGCUCUAUUCACCUGGUUACUACUCAACGUACAAGCAUUUGUGGGCGAGUGCUCGGGCUUUUGCGUGUCGCAGUACAUAGACUGGUAUGUGCUGUUCAUAGUGUUUGUGACGUAUGCGAUGUUGCCACUUCCUCUGCGGUGGAGUAUCACUGCUGGAUGUCUCACUGCCACCGUCAACCUCCUCAUUGCCAGUGUUGCCAAGUUUCCACCUGACAAACAUUAUAAAGACUUGAGCUGCGUUGUGAGGCAGAUGAUAGCAAUGGCGUUGGUGUAUCUGGCAGUAAACUUUGCCGGCCUCUACACCAAAUACCUGACAGACCGGGGACAGAGGAAGGCGUUCUUGGAGACCCAUCGCUCCACUGAGACAAGAUAUCACACACAAAAGGAAAACGACCAACAAGAAAGACUUCUACUCUCAGUGUUGCCAGACUUCGUAGCCAAAGAAAUGAUCAGAGACAUAGCGACGGAAGCAGAGAAAGGCUCGUUCACACCGCACCAAUUCCACCGCAUUUAUCUGCACUGCUACGAGAAUGUCAGCAUAUUAUUCGCUGAUAUCAAGGGAUUUACUGCGUGGGCCAGCCAAUGCAGUGCUCAAGAGCUUGUUCGAGUGCUCAAUGACCUGUUUGCCAAAUUCGAUAAGCUUGCAACGGAGAACCACUGUCUGCGCAUAAAACUGCUGGGUGACUGCUAUUACUGUGUGUCGGGUCUCCCCAAACCCAGAGCUGAUCAUGCGCACUGCUGUGUCGAAAUGGGACUCCACAUGAUCACCGCUAUACAAGAUGUCCGCGACAAACUCAAUGUAGACUUAAAUAUGAGGAUAGGCAUUCACUCCGGGUCGGUUCUAUGCGGAGUCCUUGGACUGAGGAAAUGGCAGUUUGAUGUCUGGUCUUAUGACGUCACUCUAGCCAAUCAUCUAGAGUCUGGCGGAAUUCCUGGGAGAGUCCACAUAUCCAAAGCAACUUUACAAUGCUUGGAUGGAGCUUACGAGGUGGAACCUGGUCAUGGAGAUACAAGAGACAGUUAUUUGAAAGAGCACGAAGUGGAGACGUUUUUGAUCAGUCAAAAAGAGCCGUCGAAACCGAGGAGGCGCCUUCAGCACAAGACGUCCCGUCCACGGCUCUGGUCAGAAGAAGAGCAUCGGUCAAAUUUAAUCAACGAUCACACCAACUCGCCUCCGCUCAACAACAUUGCAGGAAGAACAAAGCAUACAGAUAGCAAUGGGAAUCACGGCAACCACACACUUGGCUUCAUAGAUGAGUGGACGCCUGAGAUACCGUUUGAAAAUAUAUCAAGCGGCCAAGACAUGGAAGCAAGCGAUGUGCCAAACACUGACCAGGCACAGAUCAGCAGCGGACAGAAUCCACCAAUGAGCACCUCGGAAGAGGUUGACGUCAUCAUGGACCACAGCAUAGAAGUGGACAGUAAUCAGCGCAUGCGCAAAGACAACAUCAACCCCUGGACUCUGAGGUUCAAGCAGGGUGACAUCGAGGAUAAAUUUUGUAUGCUACGAGAGGACAUGUUCAAAUCCAACAUGCUCUGCUGUUUCAUCAUAUGGAUUUUCAUCGUUGGAAUUCAAUCUGUGAUAUUGCCAAGGUCAAUCCUAGUGGGAGCUUCCCUUCUGGGUACCACCCUAGUUCUGAGCUCAGCCCUAGUCCUGGUGAUGGCCGAGGAAUUCCAUCAGCUUCCAGAUCCUCUGCAGAAGAUAUCCAGCAUCCUCGUCCAGAACCGUCUGAGGAGAACUGGCUUCAUCUGCGUCUUCAUUACACUCAUGUGUAUAUCGGCUACACUCACUCUCGUAUUCUCUCCCGAUGAUCACAGACACCAACCCAAUGUAUUCGAGGAACAAACCAGAACACUAGCGCGCUCUGUGCGGUCAAUCGAAGUACUACAACAAUCAACCAGCAACAAUUCAAGUGAUAUCCUCCAUAAAACAACAAAGAAAUCAAAUCUUCCCAACUUUAUCUCUACACAAAAUACAACGUUCAGAAGUCUACGGAAGAGACGUUACAAGAACAACGAAAACACGACAAAAACUAAACAGAAAUCCUCGAAAAAUGAUAGCAGACAAUCACAUUUGAAUAUCAACAGAGAGUUGAAAUUUUUGAAGACUGAUUUGAUAAGACAUUUUCGUACCAGGAGUCAUUUUCUACACACUACUAAAUCAAAAUUCAAUAACCGGAAAUCACUACAUUUUGUUCUGGGCAAAAAUAAUAAACAAUUUGAGGAUAUUAUUAGGAAUUAUUCAAGUGGCUUGAUCUCAAUUCCAAGUAAUGCUACAAACUCUAGGGGGAGCAGGAAUAUUUCUGAGAGUAAAAUAAAUUUUAGGGGAGUUGAUCAGAAUAAAUCUGAUUGUUCUAAUUCAAGUGUUGGAGGGAAAAAUAGUGGGAAAUUUUUGGGGAAAAAGUUGAGAAAUGACACUAAAUUUGAAGAAGGGGGAAGUGCAAUAAAUGAAAAGUAUGUUGCAGAUGUGAUAAAUGUUACUACAUACUUGGGGGUGGAUUAUCUGAGGUUGGAGGGAGUUGAUAAGGGUAGGAAAAAUGAUGUUAAAUCACAUAGUAUUGAAAUAACUCAACGCGGGGUUGUUGGUUCGAAUAAAUUCAGAAUACCAAGUGAGGCUGCAGCAUAUAAUCUUGAAAGAGUGAGUGAGGUUGAGGUACAUGAUCCUAAAUUAAUGAGUGAGGGUUUGGGACGUUAUCCUGAAACUAGAAGUGAGGUUAAGUCACAUGAUCCUAGAUCCCUGAGUGAGGGUAUAGGUCGUUAUCCUGGAACUAGAAGUGAGGUUAUGUCUCGUGAUACUGGAACAAGAAAUGAGGAUAUGUCACAUGAUCCUAAAAGAGAUAGUGAGGAUUUGGAACACAAUCUUAGACCAAAACUUGAGGUUAUGUCUCAUAGUAUUGAAAUAUUAAGUGAGGUUAACCCACUUGAUCCCAGAUCACUGAGUGGGGAUCUAAUGGAACAUAAUCCUAGAUCACGUAAAACAUUGAGUGGCAUUAACUCACAUGAUCCUAGAUUAUUGAAUGGAGAUGUUACGGAACAUGAUUCUAAAUCACUUGGUACAUUGAGUGGUAUUAACUCACAUGAUCCUAGAUCACUAAAUGGAGAUCUGAUGGAACAUAAUCCCAGAUCACUAAAUGGAGAACUAAUGGAACAUAAUCCUAGAUCACUAGAAACAGUGAGUGAGAUUAACUCACAUGUUCCUAGAUCACUAAAUGGAGAUCUAAUGGUGCAUAAUCCCAAAUCACUGAAUGAAGCUUUAACAAAUAAUCCUAAAACACAAAUUGAGGAUGGGUCACACAGCCCCAAAACCCAAAAUGAGGAGGCUAUAACACACCAAAUAAACCACAAAGAUCUCAAAACUGAGGACCUCAAUAACCUACCUCAAAAUCCGGGUGAAAACAGGUUACAAUCUAAUAUAACCAAAUUGAACCAACUCAAAAGUGAAAAUUCAAGUUUCAUAGACAAUGAAAUAUUGGAAACUGAUGGUUUCCCACAAGUUAGCAACAACAGUGCGUCAAAAACGGACGAAACAAAUUUGAAAACAAUGUAUUUUGUAGGAAGUGUUUACAGUGCACGACAGAGAAAUGCACGGACUACGAACGUGUCAGAAAAUAUUUUACCGGACGAGAUUAUCAGCGAUCCUCGAUACGUGUUGACUGAAGAUAACCCGUGCUGCGUACAUCCAGAGUUUCUAGUUUUUACGUGGGUUUUGUGUCUUGUUGCUUUGGCAACGACCUUGAAACUGUAUUUUCUGAUAAAAACUAUGUUCGCUAUAGCGAUGGUUGUGGCGUAUUUUAUGCUGAUAGUCUUCGCCUACCCUCAGGUGUUCUGGCAGGAUCAUUUCGAUAAGAAUUUGAGAAUGCCCCUAGCCUACCAAAUGCUGCUACUUCUCUCCAUCUUCCUCACCCUGGUUGCCUACCAUGCUCGCUUGGUCGAGGUGACGUCACGGCUCGACUUCCUCUGGAAGAGAGAGGCGCAGAGAGAGCUGAGUGAAAUGAGAGAGACGAGGAGAAACAAUCGUCAGCUGUUGAGAAACAUUUUGCCUGACCAUGUGGCGAACCAUUUUCUCACUUCUGAGAGGACUGAUGAAUUAUAUUCUCAGUCACGGAACAACGUUGGGGUGAUGUUUGCCAGUAUUCCAAAUUUCACAGAAUUCUAUUCUGAGGAUAUCAACAAAGGCAUGGAAUGCAUAAGGCUGCUCAAUGAGAUAAUCGUUGAUUUUGACGAACUACUAGCUGAUCCAAAGUUCGCGUCGAUUGAGAAAAUCAAAACCGUUGGAGCGUGCUACAUGGCUGCUUCGGGGCUUAAUCCUAGACAUCAGUCGGAAUCAGGCAAUAACAAGCACAUCUGUGCCCUGGUGGACUUUGCUGUUGCCAUGAAGCAUGCUCUGGACGAAGUCAACAAGCACUCCUUCAACAAUUUUCAUCUCAGAGUUGGAAUCAGUAGCGGCCCCCUAGUGGGAGGGGUUAUCGGAGCGAAGAAGCCAGUGUAUGACAUCUGGGGAAACACAGUCAAUGAGGCCUCACGAAUGGACUCCACUGGCAACAUGGGGCGUAUUCAGAUACCAAAGGAAACUGCAAUGAUCCUGACCUCGCACGGGUACCAAGUGGAAUACCGUGGCCUUGUGCCUGUGAAAGGCAAGGGUGAGAUGGAGACGUACUAUGUGGUGGGGCGGAGUGUCGGCCCCUUCACACGGCAGCCCAGUCAGCAUGCCAGUCUGGCUGCAGUCGUCUACGGCAUGGUUCAGGCACGACGACGACAGAACACCGUCAAGCGGACCACAUCACAGGGAGGCGCCGGUCUCAGCCGCACCAAAUCGCAGCACAACACGUCAACCUCCAAAGGCAUGUUCGACGGCCACCUGUCCAUCACGGCGGCUCGCCCUGGCGGACGGCUGGUGAACUUUAGCAGCUUCCGCAUCACCCACCGGUCGACGCCCAACCCCGUCCGUCGGAACACCGCCCGUCCCGGUAGACAACUCAGUCAACCAGGGGAGACUACCACACUGGGUGAAACUGCCAUGUCGGCUAGGUCCUAUCAGAACCUCCGCCAGGUGUCGGUUGACCCCAAUCUGUUGUCUAGAAACAGUCACGGGGUGUUGUCAGGGAUACAAAUUAUGCAAAGGUCGGCCCCUCAUACACCAUUGAUAGAUCUCAAUAGAAAUCCACGACAAGACCCUCUGGAUAGUCUUACAAUGGCAACACUCACCGUAGAUAAAAACCCUGGUGCAGGAAAUCACUCUCCGUCAUCUGUUUAUUCAGGGGCAUCGUCACCGGUGAACGAUCCCAGAACGCAUCCAUUACCGUACUCAGCCUCUUCAUCACCGGGGAACGAUCCCAGAACGCACCCUCCUGCAUACUCAGCGACCUCCUCACCAGGAAACGAUCCCAGAACACAUCAAUUGGAUCCCAGAUCGGUCUCACUGUAUUCACCAUCGUCAUCGCCGGGAAACGAUCCCAGAACGAACCAGUUGAAUCCCCGUUCGGUAUCAGUGUAUGAUCCCAGAACGCAGCAGUUGAACCCCAGAUCGGUGUCUAUGAACUUUGGGAAUUCGGCGGGUGUAACGGGGUCUGUAUCUUCGUCUAGGCUGGAGGAGCCUGUUGGUAUGAUGGGGGAUGCAAAUAGAUGAUUUUCGGACUACUAAGGUGUUGUUGAUUGAUAAAUCUCCAAGAUGUUGAAUACGAUUUUGCCGAGAAUUUGAGGAAUUUUCACUAGAUUUUAAAGAAUUUUGAAUAAUUUGCAAUUAAUUUUGAAUAAUUAUAUAGAAAGUCCGUUCUCACAAGGUUUCAAACUAUCAAGCGAUAACUGAAAAAAAGCUUCAAUAAAAUAUCGAGCGACCUGGGUGGCUCAGGUCUAGUAUCAGAGCAAUUUAUCAGUCUGUUAUUAGACAGUCGGAACCGACAACUUAACGUGUCCAUCCGGAUUACGAGAGUGUCCCGAGCAAAAUAUCUUGCCGGGGCCGGGACUCGAACCCUGACCUCUGAAUUGUUCACUGUCACUGCUGUGUCCAGUAAAAAUCCAGCUUUAGAGGAGUCUCCUGAGAUGGCUUAGCCUAUUACUCUUAACUGAAAUUUGUAUUUUCAUUGUUAAACGAAAAUCCCAAUUAAAUGCUGUAAAUAAUAAUUACUCAUCAAUUAGCAUUUGAACAAAGGCAACUUCAAAUUUAUUUCCAAUUGUAAUUUUGCUCUAUUCAAUUAAUUAUAGUAUAUUUGUAUAAAUAAAGUUCUUCAAGACUCUAUAAUCAAUUAACAUCUUGGAAUUUUAAUCCUGUAUCAACAUCUUAGUAUCCUACUGGACUUUAUAAUAGACCAGUAUUAAAUUGCUGGAUGGAAGAUUUGAACCAUAUUGUGAAUAGUAGAUAGUUAUGUACAUUCUAAAGCUUCAUCUGUGGUUUUUAUAUUGCUGUUGACUGUAAGAUAAAUUCUAGAUUUCUAAAAGAUGAUAUAAUGUAUGUGAAAUGAACUCUUGGAUUAAUACUCGGUUGCACAAAAGCUGGUUCAAUUUAAAAUCGUGAUUGAUUCUUCGAGAACCAAUCAGAGAAGCCGUCUUGUGUAAAAGGCCUUCUCUGAUUGGUUCUCGCGGAGUUUAUCACGGUUAAAAUUUAACCGGCUUUUGUGCAACUGACACUCAUAAUUUUAUAUGAAGAGAAACUAUCUGAAUAUCUUGAAUUUGAAGAUAGAGGCAGGCCUACUUGAAAAAUAACAGUUCCAAGUUCAUUCUUGUAUUUUUGUUGUAUUCUAUGAACAUUUUUAAGUCUGAGAGUCCCGCUAUUGUAAAUAUUGUUCAAUACAUCAAUGUGCUACUGUAUGAUAGAAGAUUAUGUUUACGUUGAUACAGACUGAGAAAAAAUCAAACGUCUGCAUGCAGACUUAUUAUAUGAAGACAGACGGACGUCUGUAUGGGUUGCAACAUUGGAGAGGGAUAUUUUUCCUCCAUAUACAUAAUAUGUCCGUUUGUUUAUGUGUGCAUACAUUUGCCUCCAAUCGCAGUUUUAUUCGGAUUAUAUAUGGAAAUGUGGAAAGUGAUUUUUCUCAAGCGAAUCUGAACGAAUCUUCGAGCUUGAAUGGUGUGAAAAGAACAUUCUUGAUAGAUCCUUGUAAAAGAAAGACUUCUAUAAUCAACUUCCUACUUGUGACCAAAGAUUAAUAAUUAUUUUCUACUAAUUCUUGUAACUUCGAAGUUUAAACUACAGUUAAACUAUGAAGAUUUAACUUUAGUUCAAUUUGAACUCCAGUUAAUCUUUGAAGUUUAAACUUGAAACUUCUUCAAACUUAGGGCCGUUUGUACAGUAACAGUUUAAGCCAAAUUUCAUUCUAAACUGGAUUAAAUCUCUAUCGAGUCUCGUUUGUUAUAAUAUUUCACAUCUCAAGUUUAAGCAACAAGCUGAUAAAAUUCAGUUUAAGCUUUUGCUGUGCAAUCGGCCCUUAGAACUUGAUUGAUAUUCUCGGCCUAUGUACUAUAUAGAGACUAUUUUUCCAAAAAUAGAAACCAUUUUUCAAAAUUUUUGUAUAUUGUUAUCAAUCAUAGAUAAAGACUAAGAGUUUUUAGUGUUAUUUUUGUUGUAAAUAUUAUAAAGUAUUAUGAGUUGUCCAAUGAAUAUGAUGGUGAUAUAAGAGAAUAAUGUAUUACGAGAUUGAGAUUGUGAAAAUAUCUUAUAGAUACUAUAUUGACUGCAUUUUUUAUGAUAUUAUUAAAUAGGGCUAUUUUCGAAUUAAUUGUUGUAAAAUGAGAAGAUAUAUUAUUAGGAAUAUUAAAAUAAUGAAUCUGAAAUCUUGUACACAAGUAAGGUAGAAAUAAAAGUAUGGAUGUGAAUAAA